AUGGCGCCUAAGGUGGAGAAAAUGUUAUAUAACGUUGAGGCCAGGAUUGACGAAGAGAUUAUUGAAAAGUAUCGUAAGGCAUUGGCAGAGUUCAAAGUUCCAGCUGAGGAGGAGUUGGUUAGAGUCGAUGAGAAUUCAAUUCGGCAGCAUCCUUCCACUGAUGUUGAGAGGUAUUUCGAAUGGGUUUCUCGUCAUGGUAAACCCUGUCUACCCUGGAAUAUUAUUAAACCUGCUUUCCUAUGGAAAAUAAAGUUUGUCAUGGAUGAAAUGAUUGCAAUGGAAAAAGAAAAGCAGAAUGAAGAUGGAGACAAAGCCAGGUUAAUGGACGAUCCCAGCUUUGCGGAGAUGUAUAAUGGAAUUCUUAGAAAGGCCGAAGAAUUUGAAGGUGCUCCCUUCACAUGGCAAAGACUUUGUGAACUUCUUCAUACCCCGUCUCGGCACUAUAAGAAAGCUCAUAAGUUUAUUCGAGCGUUAGAUAAAACUGCCAAUGUUGUUACGAUUAUAAAUGAACAAGGACAAAGGGUGGCCGGAACGGAUUGGAUCAUACCCGAAAGCGGAAGUGGUCGUAUUGAACAAUUCUUCUUCGGCAAAGUUGAUGAAGUUGAUGGUGAUGAAUUGUGGGAUCCAAACUUCCAAGCUACUAAAGAGAACCAUCCUCAAAACAUCGCAGAGUAA